AGUUGUCCAGCCAGAGAUGAAUGGAAUAAUGAUGAGCGCUUCAACCGGGGUGAUGAACUCUCUCCUGGGUAAGCUGGCCACUUUGAUGGGAGAGGAGUUUGCCAAGCUAAAGAACCUGAGGAAGGAGGUGAAGCACAUCAGCGAUGAACUGAGCAGCAUGAAGGAUGCUCUAGAGAGCCUUGCGGAUGUGGAUACGCUGGAUAAACACACCGCUAGCUGGAGGGACACGGUCAGGGAGAUGUCGUAUGACAUCGAGGAUGUUAUCGAUGACUUCAUGUGCAAAAUUGGGGAGAAAAGCAAAAAAACUGGUUUUAUCCAAGACACCAUUCAACGCCUCAAAACUUCAAGGGGCCGCCAUCAGAUCGCUGGGCAGAUUGGGGACAUCAAGAAACUUGUGCGUGAAACAAGUGAGCGGCGUGAAAGAUAUAAGAUUGAUAUCCCCAAAUCGGGCAAUGUGGCAGUUGACCAACGCGUUGUGGCACUCUAUGAAGAAUCAUCUAAAGUUGUUGGUAUGGAUGGCCCAACCAAUAUGCUUGUCAAUUGGCUAAAAGAUGAGGAGAAGAAGUUGAAGAUUGUAUCAGUUAUUGGUUUUGGAGGUUUGGGAAAAACAACACAUGCCAAUCAGGUAUACCAUAAGCUGGAGGGGAAAUUUCAGUGUGGUGCAUUUUUGCCGGUGUCUCAAAAGUCAAAUAUGCCAAAACUUCUGCAUAGUUUAUUAACCCAACUUGGGUGUGGACAAUAUUGUCAUGACUGUGAGUUAAAUGUUCUUCUCGACCAAGUCAGAGAAAAUCUAAAAAACAAGAGGUACUUGGUUAUUAUCGAUGAUCUAUGGGACGUAUCAGCAUGGAAUAUUAUUAAAUGUGCUUUCCCAGAAAAUAAUCUUGGUAGUAGAUUAAUAGUAACUACAAGAAUCAAGACUGUGGCUGGGGCAUAUUGUUUCGGUCACCAUGAGCACAUUCUUGAAAUGAAACCUCUUAGCGAAGAAGACUCAAGGAAAUUGUUUUUUGGUAGGAUAUUUUGCUCUGAAAAAGCUUGUCCAGGUCAACUCAGAGAUGUUUCAGUUGAGAUUCUCAAGAAGUGUGGUGGUUUGCCACUUGCAAUCAUUAGCAUAUCCAGCCUAUUGGCAAGUGAUCGUUCCAACCAAAAGGAGAGGUGGAAACAUGUACUGAAUUCAUUGGGGUCAGUGUCAGGCACAAAUCUUACCUUGGAAGCAAUGAGACAGAUCUUGAACCUUAGCUACAAAAAUCUUCCUCACCACCUCAAGACAUGCUUCUUGUAUCUUGGUAUGUUUCUGGAGGACUCUGAAAUAUAUAGGCACGAGUUGGUAAGCCUAUGGGUUUCUGAAGGCUUUGUUAGUAAAGCACAUGGACAAAAUCCAAAACAGAUUGCGAUAAGUUAUUUUAAUGAGCUUGUCAACAUGAGUCUUAUUCAACCUGUACAGAUUGACAUGCAUGGGUCAGUGUUAACUUGCAAAGUACACGAUAUGUUGUUGGAUCUUAUCCUGUACAAAUCUGCGGAAGAAAAUUUUAUCACUGUAGUAGACAACCCAGAGGCCAUUACAGGACAGCUUCAAAAGCCCCGUCGGAUGCUCUUCAACUUGGAUGGUGCAACAUUGCCAAGGGACGUUAAUAUGUCACAAGUGCGAUCAUUUGCAAACUGGAGAGGAUCCACGAAUAUACCUUCAUUGGCAGAAUUCAAGUAUCUUCGAGUGUUUAUAGCUGACUUCAGUUCUAGUUCUGUUGAUGACAACCGGAAAAUCGACCUGACAGGAUUGUGUAAGUUAUAUCAGCUGCGACAUAUACAGAUUGAAGGCUGUGAUAACUGCCAGCUACCAACGCAGAUUAGAGGGCUACAAAAGUUGGAAACAUUUGAUAUAGAUGGGUCCUGUAUCCCAAUGGAUAUUUUUCACCUGCCGUGUUUGUUGCCUGAGGGCAUCGGUAAAAUGAAAUAUCUACAGCGUCUGAGAUGGUUUGACACGCUGCACACCUCAAUCGACAGUAUCAAGGGCCUAGGAGAGUUCACCAAUCUGAGACUUCUGUACCUCAGAACCGGUUUUUCUGAAGAUGUGGACAUGGAUGUUCUAAACUCUUCUUUGGGGAAACUUUGUAACCUCGACUCCCUGAAUGUAUUUUCACCUGAUUCUUGGAUACCUGAGGCACUAACCUUGUCGCCUCCUCCCCCCAACCUCAUGGGACUCUCCAUGAUGCGAAUAUCCCGGGUCCCAAACUGGAUUGGGGAACUCCAUAACCUCCAGAGCUUGCAUAUCACUGUUGAUAAGCUAGACAAGGAUGAUGUUGGUAUUCUCGCGGAGUUACCCGCCCUCAUGGACCUAGAAUUAACGUUCAAUAGAGCCCUGGAAGAAAUAAUUGUCAUCUAUGGGACAUCAUUCGCAAUCCUGAAGCGGUUUGUUGUCUACUGGACUGUCAUGCCACAACUGACCUUCCAAGCCGGAGCAAUGCCUAAGCUCCAGAGCCUCUCUCUACCUUUGAACGCCAGGGGGUGGAAGCAGGACGAGAGCACCACACCUACAGGCAUCGAGCACUUGUUAGCACUUGAAAGAAUCUCUGUGGGGAUUGGGAGUGAGACUGAAUCUGAACAGAGAAGCGCAGAGUCAGCCAUUAGGAGCGCUAUCAACAUGCAUCCUGGCCAUGCUCACAUUAAAAUCGAUAUCCAAUGUUACUAACAAACAGCAUGGAGGUUUUGGUGGUAAUUCAUGAGACACCGAUUUUCAGGGAAGUCGAUUCUUUUCUAUGGAGCAACAAGAUGAGGCACGGCAAGGAACAUUGAGGUGUCUCCAACAUUUAUGUCGUAUUGCAGCGGACGGAGAUGGAUUACUGCAUUUUCUCCCAGUCGGGAAUAUCGAGCUAUCACUUUGCUUUGUUCUGCUAGAUAUCUCGACAAACUGUUUCUCCUUCGUCUCCAAGAUUAUGCACGAUUACACUUUGCUUGGGUUCUCCUCUAAUUAUGCAAGAUUAUCUCGAUCAUAUGUUCUUGUUAUUGUUGUAUGUGUAAGUUUGCUUCUUGCAUCAAACGUAUUCAACUGAACAUUUAUUCCUUGCACUGUUUGCAUUUCUGAAAAGGACAGUUUAUAUGUUGUAUUUCGUGGCAA